AUGGCGACUAUUUCGAAUCUCGCUAAUCUCACACCCGCCACUUCCCUCGACUCCAGAUCUUCUUCUUCUUCCUCCGUUUUACCCAGAUCCUUCGUCAAUUUACGCAGUUUGAGCUCGAAGCUUUCCUCUUCUCAGCUUUCUCUUCGUUACAAUCACCAAUCCAGACCUUCCCUCUUUGUGAGGUGUUCAGUCUCUGGUGGGAAUGGAACUGCUGGAAAAAGAACGACUCUUCAUGAUCUAUAUGAGAAAGAAGGUCAGAGUCCUUGGUAUGAUAAUCUAUGUCGUCCAGUCACUGACCUUCUCCCCUUUAUUGCCCGUGGUGUUCGAGGCGUAACUAGCAACCCUGCGAUCUUUCAGAAAGCUAUAUCCACUUCAAAUGCUUAUAAUGAUCAGUUCAGGACACUUGUGGAAUCAGGAAAGGACAUUGAAAGUGCGUAUUGGGAACUUGUGGUGAAGGAUAUUCAGGAUGCUUGCAAACUUUUUGAGCCAAUCUAUGACCAGACAGAAGGUGCGGAUGGAUACGUCUCUGUUGAAGUUUCGCCUAGGCUUGCUGAUGAUACCGAAGGCACUGUUGAAGCUUCUAAAUUUCUUCACAAGGUUGUGAACCGUCGUAAUGUCUACAUUAAGAUUCCUGCUACUGCUCCAUGCAUUCCUUCCAUCAGGGAUGUCAUUGCAUCUGGAAUAAGUGUCAAUGUCACGCUUAUAUUCUCAAUCGCCAGAUACGAAGCAGUGAUCGAUGCGUAUUUGGAUGGCCUCGAGGCGUCUGGACUUAAUGACCUCUCAAGAGUUACCAGUGUUGCUUCCUUCUUUGUCAGUAGGGUGGAUACUCUCAUAGACAAGAUGCUUGAGCAAAUUGGUACCCCAGAAGCCCUAGAGCUCCGCGGCAAGGCUGCUGUGGCUCAAGCUGCAUUAGCAUACAAGCUGUACCAGAAGAAGUUCUCAGGUCCAAGAUGGGAAGCUCUGGUGAAGAAAGGUGCCAAGAAACAGAGGCUUCUCUGGGCAUCUACAAGCGUCAAGAACCCAGCUUACUCGGACACCUUAUAUGUCGCUCCUCUCAUCGGACCUGACACCGUUUCAACCAUGCCGGAUCAAGCCCUGGAAGCAUUCGUAGAUCAUGGAACCGUGAAGAGGACGAUAGAUGCGAAUGUAUCGGAAGCGGAAGGGAUAUACAGUGCACUAGAGAAGCUGGGAAUAGACUGGAACAAGGUGGGACAACAGUUGGAAGAAGAAGGAGUUGCAUCGUUCAAGAAUUGUUUCGAGAGUCUUCUUGGCACACUUCAAGACAAGGCCAACACUCUCAAACUAACCAGCCAUUGA